AUGUCGACAGAUCCACAGAUCAGUUAUGGCUCCAGGGAUCCCCUGUUUAACGACCGAGUACAGUUUCCAUCUUUCUACAGAACUAUCCCUGAUGAACUAUCUGAACUUAAAGUGAUUGUGAAGCUGAUUAAACACUUUGGCUGGAAAUGGGUCGGGCUCAUUGUAUCUGAUGAUGAGACUGGGCUUAGGGCAGGUGAAAAUCUGGAGAGAGAAAUGAAGAUACGUGGCAUCUGUCUGGCCUUCUUCAUUAUAAUCAAUAAUGGAUUAUUGGCUUCUAGAGAUUCCAUUGAGAUUAAAGAGAUAUUAGUCAGAAGCACAGCUAACGUGAUAGUGAUUUUAGCCAGUUUAAUGAACGUUGAUUUUUUUCUGUUCUUUUUUGCCGUCUUUGACAUGCCGGAGAAAUUAUGGAUUUUAUCGUCAACUUUCUUAAAGGUUUUACGUGUGGCUUAUCCUCAAAACAGGAAAACGUUUAAUGGUGUUCUGGUUGUUUCUUAUCAACGAGGAGAAAUUCCUGGGUUUAAAGAAUUUAUAUACGGAUUAGAUCCAACUGAAUAUAAAGAAGGUAUUCUCUUUCCAAAUGUCUCAGAGCGAUUGUCAGAUUGUGAACUUUCCAACACCAUCCCAAGCAGGACAGGCAUUUCCCUUCCUAUAUGCACCGAGAGUGAAUUCUUUGAUGAGUAUGAUCUUCCAAUAAAUGAUACAACAAACUUCAGAAUAUCUUAUGGGGUUUACACGGCAGUAUACACAAUGGCCCUCGCGCUCCAUAAACUGUACAUGAAUCAAAAACUGGAAAGUCACCCUGAAAGCAGAGGAAAUCUACAAGCACAUUUUAAGCAAUGGCAGCUAAACGCCAUGAUGCAGAGGAAAGAUUUUGGGGGAGCUGCUGGAGACAGAAUGUACAUAAAAGCCAAAGGAGACCCAUCCACCCAGUAUGAACUUCUGAAAUGUUUCUUCUCAGAAGAAGGAGGAGUCCAAACGGUGAAGGUUGGAAGCUUUGAUACAACCAAACCUGCUGGGAAUCAGCUGUACAUUAAUAGCAGCGCUGAUCUCUGGGGCCCUUAUUUUACAGAGCGCCCCAAGUCUCAGUGCAAUGAGCCCUGCCUGCCCGGAUACAGGAAAUACAAAAUCAAAGGGGAACAACCCUGCUGUUAUAAAUGUGUCCCGUGUGCGGAAGGGGAAAUAUCCAACUCCUCGGAUGCACAGAGCUGUAUAAAAUGUUCUGAAUAUGAAAAGUGCAAUGAAAAGAGAAUUGUCUGCAUCCCAAAGAAUAUAAACUUUCUUUCCUACUCUGAUCCCUUGGGCGCUACUUUAUCCUCCAUCUCUAUAAUAUUCUCUAUUGGUUGUUCUGCGAUUCUAGGAAUCUUUAUAAAGUACCGCGAGACUCCUAUAGUGAGAGCCAACAACCGAUAUCUCAGCUGUCUCCUCCUCAUCUCUCUCAUGUUGUGUUUCCUCUGCACUUUAUUAUUCAUUGGGCGCCCAACUCAGAUAUGUUGUCUCCUCCGACAAGUAAUAUUUGGGAUUGUAUUUACUAUUUCUGUUUCUUCUGUGUUGGCUAAAACUCUCACAGUUAUUAUUGCCUUCAAUGCCACAAAGCCUGGGAGCAAGCUGAAGAAGUAUGUAGGAACCCAACUGGCCAUCAUAUUAGUCUUUGUAAAUUCUUUAGGUGAGAUUAUAAUCUCCAUUGUGUGGUUGGCCUCCAAUCCUCCAUUUCGGGAGGCUGAUACACUUUCGGACCCAAACUAUAUUAUUCUGCUGUGCAAUGAGGGAUCCGGCUGUUUCUUCUUCUGUAUAAUUGGAUAUAUAGGAACGUUGGCCCUACUAAGUUUCAUUGCUGCAUUUCUAGCCAAGGAUUUCCCUGACCGAUUUAAUGAGGCUAAAAACAUCACUUUCAGUAUGUUGGGGUUCUGUAGCGUGUGGGGGGCAUUUGUCCCUGCAUACCUGAGCAGUAAGGGCAGUAGAAUGGUGGCAGUUGAGAUAUUUGCCAUCUUAUCCUCCAGUGCUGGGUUAUUGGGCUGUAUAUUUAUUCCCAAGUGCUAUAUCAUAUUUCUAAGGCCUGAACUCAACAGAAAAGACAACAUUGUUAGAAAACAAUAG